GGCUCAAGCUGGGUUUAGAGGCACAAGCUGUUGAGCUAAAAGGCUCAAGGCCAAUGACAGAGGCGUCCUUCGGGGCCUUGAAGAAGAGCGCGGACGCGUUGAAGUCGACGCACCUGAGAGACUUGUUGAAAGAUGAAGCCAGGUGUGAUGCGAUGAUGGUGGAGGCUGAGGGCAUUUGCCUCGACUACUGCAGACAAAAAGUCACUCAGGAGUGCAUGACUCAGCUCUUCGACCUGGCCAAGGCAGCAGGUGUCGAAGAAAAGAAAAAGGCGCUCUUCGCCGGAGAAAAGAUCAACCAGACGGAGGGCCGGGCAGUUUUGCACGUCGCCCUGCGGGCCCCUCCCCAGGAGGUGAUCAACGUUGAUGGGAAGAACGUGGUGCCUGAGGUGCACUCAGUCCUGGAUGCGAUCAAGGCCUUCAGCGAGAAGGUCCGCAGUGGCAGCUUUGUGGGCCACACAGGCAAGACGCUCACGGACGUGCUUUGCAUCGGAAUCGGUGGCUCCUACCUGGGUGUGGAGUUCGUCCAUGAAGCACUGCGCACCGACCCAGCAGGGGCGCAGGCCGCGCAGGGGCGCUCCUUGCGGUUCUUGGCCAAUGUGGAUCCCAUCGACGUGAAACGCGCGCUGACCGGGCUUAAUGCUGAGACGACCUUGGUUGUGGUGAUCUCCAAAACGUUCACUACGGCAGAGACCAUGCUGAAUGCACGGACUGUAAAGGAUUGGCUUCUGAAGGAGCUCAAGAGCGAAGCCGCCAUCGCCAAGCACGUCAUCGCUUGCUCCACCGCCCUAGACAAGACCAAGGCCUUUGGUAUUGACUCGGACAAUGUCUUUGGCUUUUGGGACUGGGUCGGGGGUCGGUUCUCUGUGUGCAGCGCGGUGGGUGUGGUGCCUCUCUCCUUACAGUAUGGCUUCGAUGUGGUGAAGAAGUUCUUGGACGGUGCACGGGCGAUGGACUUGCAUUUUAAAGAUGCGCCCUUGGACCGGAAUUUACCCACACUCUUGGGUCUUCUUUCUGUAUGGAACGCUUCCUGUAUGGGAUAUGAGGGCUGCGCCGUGCUCCCGUAUUGCCAGGCGUUGGUGCGCUUUGUCGCCCACAUUCAGCAGUUGGACAUGGAGAGCAACGGCAAGCGAGUUCAAAUGGACGGCAAAGAGUGCACCGUUCCGACGGGCGCCAUCUAUUUCGGUGAGCCGGGCACCAAUGGACAACACUCCUUCUACCAGCUGAUGCAUCAAGGGCGCGUGAUUCCAGCGGACUUCAUCGGCUUCAAGGUGUCCCAGAAUCCCAUCAGCUUGGAUGGUGAGCCUGUCUCCAAUCAUGAUGAGCUCAUGUCCAACUUCUUCGCGCAACCAGAUGCCUUGGCCCUGGGCAAGACCGCCGAGGAGCUCAAGGCCUGGUCUCGGCCCGGCCUUUUUCAGGCUGAGAAGGUGCCGGAGAACUUGGUCCCGCACAAGGUGUUCACCGGAGAUCGACCGUCCAAUUCGCUGCUGCUGCCCAUCUGUGAUCCGUACAAUCUCGGGCUUUUGUUGUCCCUCUACGAGCACCGUACUGCAGUGCAAGGAUGGGUGUGGAAUGUGAACAGUUUCGAUCAAUGGGGCGUGGAGCUGGGGAAGGUCUUGGGAGUGAAGGUCCGAAAGUUCCUCUCCACCGCUCGUUCAGGUGGCGGAGAUAUGUCAGGCUUCCAGAAGCCGACGCAGAAGCUGAUGAGUGCCAUGCUGAGCACACCUUCUGGAGCUAGUGACAGGAUUGUGAUGCUGAAGGCGCGCGAGAUCUUUGAUUCACGUGGCAAUCCCACCGUCGAGGUGGACUUGUGUACCGAGAACUGCCUCUUCCGGGCCGCUGUGCCCUCCGGCGCCUCCACGGGCAUCUACGAGGCCUUGGAGCUCCGAGAUGCAGACAAAAACCGCUUGCUGGGCAAAGGUGUCCUGAAAGCGGUGGCCAACAUCAACAGCGUAAUCGCGCCAAAGCUGAUGGGAAUGAAGGUCACCGAGCAAGCGACCUUGGACAAGCUCAUGGUCGAAGAGAUGGAUGGCAGCAAAAACGAAUGGGGAUGGUCUAAGUCCAAGCUUGGUGCCAAUGCGAUCCUAGCAGUGUCGAUGGCCAUUUGCCGUGCGGGGGCCGCGGUGGAAGAAGUACCCCUCUACCAGUACAUUGCGAAGUUGGCGGGCAAGCCCACGGAGGAGUUUGUGAUGCCCGUGCCCUCCUUUAAUGUGAUCAAUGGUGGAAGCCAUGCGGGGAAUCGCUUGGCCUGUCAAGAGUUCAUGAUCCUCCCUACAGGUGCGACCUCCUUUCGGAACGCCAUGGAGAUUGGUGCGGAGGUUUAUCACAACCUGAAGAGUGUGAUCAAAAAGAAGUAUGGCCAGGAUGCCUGCAACGUGGGAGAUGAGGGAGGCUUUGCCCCGAACGUGCAAGACAACAACGAAGCCCUCGAUGUGCUGAUGGAGGCCAUUAAGAAGUCGGGCCACGAGGGCAAGGUGCAGAUCGGCACCGACGUGGCGGCCUCCGAAUUCUGGAAGCCAGAGCUCAAGAAGUACGACUUGGAUUUUAAGAAUGAGAGUGGAAGCAGCGCUGGGAUGCAGAAGACUGCUGAGGAGAUGAUAGACUACUACAAGGCGUGGUUCUCCUCCUAUCCCUUCGUGUCCAUCGAGGACCCCUUCGACCAAGAUGACUGGGACGCCUACUCCAAGUUCAACGCGGCGGUGGGCGAUCAAGUGCAGAUCGUGGGAGAUGACCUGCUGGUCACAAACCCCACGAGGGUGCGAAAAGCCUUGGACUGCAAAGCUUGCAACGCUUUGCUCCUCAAGGGGCGUUUUCUGGCGACGUGGAGCACGAUGUGGAACACCCCUCGAGGUGCCCCCAAGGCCAAGCUCACCGGACGUGGCGCACACCGUGGCAGCGCGGGCGGGCCCGCACAGCCGAAGGUCGAUGCAGCCUGCCAGACGGAGAUCCUGUCGACGCAGAAGACGGACCCUCACGAGGGUGAUGAGGGCAGCCCGCCCAUGCACUCGAGGGCAAUGGAGUCAGGUGGAAGCCCGGGCUCUGACGACCCCAACACGCCGGACAGGGCUCGACGCCUGUCGCAGGAGAGCUCCUUGGAUCCUUCCACCUGGCCAGUCUUUGGAAUGACCAACGAUGGCUUCGGGAUCACAACAAAGGAGGGUCACCUGGAUGUGGAAAAGUCUGCCUCCUUUGGUUUCCACCGACCAGAGAACGCCUCAGCGUUGGAGUCCAUCUUGGAGGGAAAGGUGUCCGAGUCACGGAUUCGCAGCGAGCUUGAAGAGGCGCUGCAGAAAGCGCACGAGGAGAACGAGUCCCUCCGACAGCUGUGCGGGGACUUCAUCGUCUGGGCCCAUCACCUGGAGGAAGGAACUGAAGCACUCGAGGAGCCGAGUGAGAGCUUGGGGCACGAGCACCUGAUCUGCGAGGCGAGGCGCUGCUUGGAGCUGGCACGCGAGCGCUUGGAACUCCGUGAACAGCUGAAGGAGGUGGUGGAGGGCCAGCUGAAAGCUCUUCGCUUGGGCCACGAGAUGAUGAAACUCGAGGCGAAGGCGAUGCGACGCUGUUUGGACAAGAGUGGCGUGCUGCCGGCGGUGGAGGUGGAAGAAGAGCUCCGCCGCAGCGGCGCUCAAGUCAUCGAAGCUCGCGGCGUCUCGCGCUCCGAGACUCUGACGACCGCGCAUUCCGCUCGAAGUUCGACGAGCCGCUCCCCUGCGCCCCGUGCCGCUUCCGGCAGCCGGAGUGGCAGUCAAGGAGCCCCGCGCGGGCGUAGUCCCCCCGCCCGCAAGACGGGGGCGGGAGUCAUGCGGACGAAGGAAGUGCCAGUGCCUACAGCUGUGGAUGGGCCUAGCGCUGUGGUGCGGCGUGGUGGGGAGUUCCAGAAUCUCUUCCAGGCAGCUUUGAAGGAUACAAGUCCUACACAACAAGCCUUGCGUUCCUUGCAGGCCUUGCUACGUGUGGAACCCUUGGGCUUCCAAGACUAUGUGGACCCGGGCAGUGCCAAUGGCUCUGCCUUGAGUGCGGCAGUUCGGAGUGGCAAAGUGGAAGUGGUGAAGGUCUUGCUGAAAGCGAAGGCAGAUUGCAAUGAUCGAGAUGAUAAGGGCGUGAGCCCCCUGCAUCUCGCCGCCUUUGAUGGCCACUCAGAGCUUUGUCAACGGCUCCUGGUCGCCCGGGCGGACCUGGACGCCUGCGAUCGUCAUGGCCAGACCCCUCUCUUUUUCGCACCUGAUAAGGAGGUGUGUCGGCUCUUGGUGGAGCGGAAAGCGGAUUUGCAGAUCCUGAACCGCCGGGGGCAGUCGGCCCUGCACAUGGCGGGCCGCGCUGGGCUUCAUGAGGCGCGUCGAGGGUUUUGA